ACAGUAAGGCCCGGUGCGUUGCCUCGCGAACCGCCACGCCGUUCCUCUCCAAUUUCACUCAUUCGUAUCACUCCUCAACUCAAAUAUGAGGGAAUGCAUAUCCGUCCACAUUGGUCAAGCCGGCGUGCAAAUCGGCAAUGCCUGUUGGGAGCUCUACUGCUUGGAGCAUGGCAUCCAGCCGGACGGUCAGAUGCCCUCCGACAAGACCCUGGGCGGCGGUGAUGACUCUUUCAACACUUUCUUCUCGGAGACCGGCGCUGGGAAGCAUGUGCCUAGAGCUGUCUUCGUGGACUUGGAACCUACUGUUGUCGACGAAGUCCGCACCGGGACUUACCGUCAGCUGUUCCACCCUGAGCAGCUGAUAACAGGCAAGGAAGACGCGGCGAACAACUACGCGCGCGGCCACUACACCAUCGGUAAAGAGAUAGUAGACGUUGUGCUGGACCGCAUCAGGAAGCUUGCCGACCAGUGCACCGGUUUGCAGGGUUUCCUGGUGUUCCACUCGUUCGGAGGCGGUACUGGCUCCGGCUUCACCUCCCUGUUGAUGGAACGCCUCUCUGUCGACUACGGAAAGAAGUCAAAGCUAGAGUUCUCCAUUUACCCUGCACCUCAGGUAUCAACAGCGGUAGUAGAGCCAUAUAACUCCAUCCUGACGACGCACACCACCCUGGAGCACUCCGACUGCGCUUUCAUGGUGGACAACGAGGCCAUCUAUGACAUUUGUCGCCGGAACCUUGACAUCGAGAGACCCACGUAUACCAACUUGAACAGGCUCAUCGGACAGAUAGUGUCGUCGAUCACCGCUUCGCUGCGGUUCGAUGGUGCAUUGAACGUGGACCUGACAGAGUUCCAGACCAACUUGGUGCCUUACCCGCGUAUUCACUUCCCCCUGGCGACGUACGCGCCCGUCAUCUCCGCAGAGAAAGCCUACCAUGAGCAGCUCACCGUAGCGGAGAUCACAAACGCUUGCUUCGAGCCCGCUAACCAGAUGGUGAAAUGUGACCCUCGCCACGGUAAAUACAUGGCAUGCUGCAUGUUGUACAGAGGCGAUGUGGUUCCUAAAGAUGUGAAUGCCGCUAUCGCCACCAUUAAGACUAAGAGGACCAUCCAGUUCGUCGACUGGUGCCCCACAGGAUUCAAGGUGGGCAUCAACUACCAGCCGCCGACGGUGGUGCCGGGCGGGGACUUGGCCAAGGUGCAGCGCGCCGUGUGCAUGCUCUCCAACACCACAGCCAUCGCCGAGGCCUGGGCCAGGUUGGACCACAAAUUCGACUUGAUGUACGCGAAACGUGCUUUCGUUCACUGGUACGUCGGCGAGGGUAUGGAGGAAGGGGAAUUCUCGGAGGCUCGUGAAGACUUGGCGGCACUCGAGAAGGACUACGAAGAAGUGGGCGUCGAUUCUACAGAGGGCGAACUGGACGAAGAAAACGAGUACUAAAUACUAGUAUUCAGUACUGAAACAUAUUACGUACGUAGUACUAAAGUACUAAUAUAAUGUAAAAAACUAAGUAUCAGUACUAUGAUAGUACUGAGUACUAUAUGAGUACGCAGCACUACGAGAGUAACCUGUUAAGUACUAAGCUAUAUGCUUGUAACUAAUAUCGUCAUCUAGCCUUAAAAAUUAUAGGGCGUGACCAGAUUUUGGUCGUUUUAAAUUUUACGAUUAACUGUAUUUUGAUAAAACGUAGUUGGCAACGGUAAAAGCUUUGCCUUUAUUCAACAUUUUAAAGAUUGUGAAGGGUAAAAUAAAAAGUCCCAAAUAGCCUUGAUGUCCCAAAUGGCCAAAACGGGACCAGUGGCCAAAACCAGGUCAUCCGCUCGAUCAAAUUUUUUUUAUUGUAAUCUGAUAGAUUCCAUUAAUUAAUUACACGUUUGAAUACUUUGUCAAUUUUAUACAUUCAGCAUUCGAUUGACUUUAUUCGGUAAAAUCUGUUAUUAUUAAGUAAUUUUAAGUGAAAGUGAGCUCGAGCGUAAGGUCGCUAACAGUACAAACUUUUGAGAAAUUAACUUUCAUAAUAAUGAAAUGUAAAGUUUGGACAUCUGUAACGUUUGUUUGCUAGUUAAUUGAUUUAAUGCAUUUAUUAAUUUAGAAAAUCGUGAUAGUAAUCUAACAACCGUUUUAAUCGAAUUAAAAGCUAGUUUAUAUUCCACGAUGACACAUAAUAAGUCAACUUAUUAAGACAAAUAAUUGUAUGCUUCUUAAUUUUAAGAUAUUUUAUACGAUUGAAAAUAAUUUAUUCCAUAAUGCACAAUAAAUUUUUACACAU